GUUUUUUUAUAUAAGUAUUAAGCGCACAUGAAAAUAUUCGCAAAUUCCUUCGAACUCGCGUUGAACAAAAGCGUUGCUACGUUUUCGUUGAACUUUUUCAAUAACGAACAGACAAAUUUUACUUUAAUUAAAUUUAUUUUAUAAUUUAUCUGUGAACGGAUAAUCGAAGAGCAUAAGAAUUGAAAGAUAAUAUUAUUUCUUCAAACGAUGAAAAUUCCAACGUUAAUAUUCUUGUGCAUGGUGUUCAUCUGUGGACUCCAUGGUCUAUCUGAUGCAGCCAGUAUCCCAACAGGAAAAAUUAAGGAUACUACAGGCAACGUGACGUCAACCAACAAAUAUGUCAUCCCAAUGAUAAAUAAUAAUGGAACCAAUAUUAUCAACAUUCUUGUACAAAUGAUAAUCGAAACGAUUCAUUCGAUCGGCCAAGCAAUUCAAAAUCUACUUGGUGGACUUCUCUCACCAAUUCUAAAUGUCUUAAAAAGGAGCCUAAAACUAUUGGAAGAAUUAUUGUCCGAGAUUAUGAAAAUUGGAAACAAUGGCUUUGACUUACUUUCAAACGUCGGCAAUCUUCUAGAAUGUAAUCUAUUGGGAUCGGAUAAAAUACCUUCUUCUGUCGAAAUUUCAACAAAUCCUCUAGGAAGUUUGAAAGCAGUUCUUUGUUUUUUCUUUGAAAGAAUUAUUGAUACUAUAGAGAAGAUAACGAAUAAUAAGUUAACGCAGCCCAUUGGUAUAAUAUUUGAAAAUAUUGUACCGUCAUUGAAGGAGCUCUUGCAGAAUGUGCUUGACAGUCAUAUUCUUUCACCAACAUAUUCUUCUUUGAUUCAUACUCUCUUACAAUUAUACAAUAUGGGCAUUUUGUUAAAUUCACUAAGCAACACUAUAUAAGAUUUUUUAAUAAUUUUCUCUCUCUCUUUCUCUCUCUCUAUCUCUAUAUAUAUAUAUAAAUACAUAAAUACGUACAUGUAUAUAUAUAUCUUUCUGCAAAAUUAUUCACGAAAGAUUAUUAUACGUAGAAAUUUUACGUUGAGAGAGAUUAAACAUGAUUAUUGUUUUAUGUAUAUCUUUUUUCCUUUUGCUUUCUUAAUAAAUCUUUAGCAAAAUUUAAUACACAUACAUAUAUAUAUACGUACAUAUUAUAUAAAAUUUAAUCAUAUUAUUAAUUAUAAUUUAUUAUUAUUUUAACAUUAACACAUUUAUCUUCGGCCAGAGAUUUCUUUUUCUGUCGGCGAAAGUUUAACGUAAUCGAGCAAUAUUACGAAAAGGUUUCAACGCAAAAAAUAUUUUUAAUGGUUACUGAUAAAUAAAUGCGGGUUGAAAGUAUUCUAAACAUUAGUACAAUAUAAAGAAACCUUAUAAAGUAUAUACAUAUAGUACAUAUUAAAAAUAGCGUAUUAAACUAUACAGGAAGACAUCAAUGAUUUAAAAACCAGUUAUUAUAAUUCUAUUAAGAUUUUCGAAUGAUCUAUUAUCAUAGACUUUAUUUUUUGAUCGGAUACUUCUUCUAUGCAAUUUACUAAUGAAACUUUCUAAACGAGUUUCUAUCCAAUGCGAGUUUACGGAAAGGUUGUUACUAUGAAUUAUAUUAAGGAAUUAUGUAAGACAUCUCUUUCAAUAAACUCAUUAGGUUAAUUUAAAAAAUGUCGCAAUAUCUAUAAUUUAAAAAAAAAUAAAUUAUUGCAAAAAGAUGAGAUAA